AUGAGAAAUCUGGGAACUCUACACCAGUUUCUGGGCAUAACAGCGGAAUCAACAGAAACUGGUUUGCUGCUUCACCAAAAACAAUACGCGGAAGACAUUCUUCGGAGGGCUGGUAUGCAGAACUGCAAAGAAGUUGCUACGCCAACCUCCGUCAAAGCAGUUUGCUCAUCUGACUCGUCUGAGUUCACCAAUCCAACGCUGUAUCGCCAACUAGUUGGUGCAUUACAGUAUUUAACCCUUACACGCCCCGAUAUCACAUAUGCAGUCAACAAGGCUUGUCAACACAUGCACAAGCCUACGGACCAACACUUUGAUGCUCUAAAAAGAAUCUUACGCUAUCUACGUGGUACUAUUCAUUAUGGUUUACCUAUUACAGGAUCCUCCAUGACUCUCCGGUCGUAUGCCGACUCAGAUUGGGCCGGUGAUCAUCAUGAUCCAAGUCUACCACCGGGUAUUGUAAUUUCCUAG